AUGAAAGAAGAAUUGGCAGCUCUGCAUAGGAAUCAAACAUGGAUAGUAGUUGAUCCUCCUUAUAGAAGCAUUAUGAUUGGAUGUCGCUGGGUAUAUGCAAUCUUGAAGCAUCCCAAUGGCACUAUUCUUGAAUACAAAGCAAGAUUAGUUAUCAAAGAAUUUCAUCAAAAAGAGAGAAUUGAUUAUGAUCAAGUAUUUACACUAGUGAUAAAAUUAGCAACAAUCAGAAUUAUUCUCACCAUUGCUAUUACAAGAUCAUGGCCAAUUUGUCAAUUCGAUUUCAACAAUGCUUUUCUUAAUGGUGAACUUCAAGAGACUGUCUAUAUGCAACAACCACCUGCCUUUCCUCAAGAUUCGGAUUAG